ACCCGGAAGUGGCUGCAGAGUGUGUUGAAUCCGUCCGCGUCCUGUUUGUGUAGUUUUGUGUUGCUGCUUCUCCAACAUGUCGCUGAGCCUGAGGAUUCAAUGUGGAUUUCUGAAGAUGAGAAACGUCUUCGGACGAACUUCAGUGUUUCCGGCGACGACCUCCAGGUGUGUGAUCAGACUCUACAGUCAGUCCCAGGACUCGACCCGUCCCGAGACGUCCAGCGUUAAGAACAUGAUGGACAUCGGGACGCGGCGGAUCUUCGACGGGGACCACGACCUCUUCAGAGAGAGCGUGCGGCGCUUCUUUCAGGAGGAAGUGGUCCCGCACCACAACGAGUGGGAGAAGGCCGGUCAGGUGAGCCGGGAGGUGUGGGAGAAGGCCGGGGAGCAAGGCCUGCUGGGAAUCCUGAUCCCCGAGGAGCACGGUGGCGUCGGAGGAGACCUGCUGUCUGCUGCCGUCGUGUGGGAGGAGCAAUCGUACUGUAACUGCUCCGGCCCGGGGUUCCCCCUCCACUCCGACAUCGUGGUGCCGUACAUCGCCAACUACGGCAGCAAGGAGCAGAUCCAACGCUUCAUUCCAGACAUGGUGGCUGGGAAAAGCAUCGCUGCCAUCGGGAUGACUGAGCCGGGAGCCGGCAGUGACCUCCAGGGCGUGAGGACGUACGCCAAGAGGGACGGCAGCGACUGGAUCCUCAACGGAAACAAGGUGUUCAUCUCCAACGGGUGGAUGUGCGACGCGGUGGUCGUGGUGACCGUGACGGACCGGGAGGCGAAGGCGGCGGCGCACGGCAUCAGUCUGUUCCUGGUGGAGGACGGCAUGAAGGGCUUCCAGAAGGGACGCAAGCUGGAGAAGAUCGGGCUGAAGGCUCAGGACACGGCUGAGCUGUUCUUCGAGGACGUGCGGCUGCCGGCGGACGCUCUGCUGGGGGAAGUCAACAAGGGAUUCUACUACCUGAUGAAUGAGCUGCCUCAGGAGCGUCUGGUGAUCGCUGUCAUGGCCAUCGCCAGCUGCGAGUUCAUGUUUGAGGAAACCAGGAGCUACGUGUUGCAGAGGAAAGCGUUCGGCAAGACCAUCGCUCACCUGCAGACGGUGCAGCACAAGCUGGCCGAGCUGAAAACUGAGAUCUGCGUGGGCCGAGCCUUCAUUGAUAACUGCCUCCAGCUCCACGCGGAGAAACGCCUGGACGCCUCCACCGCCUCCAUGGCCAAGUACUGGGCGUCUGACCUCCAGAACAAAGUGGCCACUGAGUGCCUCCAGCUCCACGGAGGCUGGGGCUACAUGUGGGAGUACCCCAUCGCCAAGGCGUUUGUUGACGCUCGUAUUCAACCCAUUUACGGAGGCACCAACGAGAUCAUGAAAGAACUGAUCGGCCGCAGCAUCGUCCGCCAGAAGUGAGGAGUCUGCAAGUUGCUCCUGGAGGAAGUCGAGAUGAGGAGAUCAGAAGUUCAGCAGGAGCAGUGGAAACAGGAGAAACUUUAAACUGUGGACAUUUUUUAAUAAAAUUGUAGUUUCACACAUUUUAACACGUUGAGGGGUUUUGCAGCUCGGUUGUUUGUGUGUGUGUGAUAUCUCUGUGUGACUCACAUCAUUAAGAACGAUCAACUGUUUUAUUUUGACACCUUUUAAUUUAAAUUCCAAACUGACCUCAUAAAUAUGUCUGAAUAUUUUUUAUUAUAAUUCAGACAUAAUUCUCUGGGACAAUCAAAUGUCAUAACUUGCUCUUUUAAAGAGGGUGAAAGAGUUGGAAAAAGACUUAGACAUUUAAAUGUCUUUGACAUAACAUAAUACUAUAUAUUAAAUAUUAUACAUGAACUGAAAUGAGUCUAAUGUUGGUGUGGAUGGGUUCAAACUAAAGGUGCCAUGUCCUGUGUAUUUCAAAUGUAAAUAUCAAUAAAUAAAAACUGAAACUCUGAAA